CAUGAACACUCAACAAACCAAACCCCUCGCUCUCCAAUUCGGCGCAGGCAACAUUGGCCGCGGUUUUAUCGGCGCAGUUCUCUCCCAAGCUGGCCUACGCGUCGUCUUUGCCGACGUCCAAGAGAAGAUUAUCAACGCCCUCAACGAAGAGCGCAAGUACAACGUUCACAUCCUGGGUGAAGAAGGGGAGAACAAGAUUGAAACAAUCGAGGAUGUCGCCGCAAUCAACUCUACGGACAUGAAGGCCAUCGAGGACCUGGCAAAGCAGCCUUUAACCAUCGUCACCACAGCUGUCGGACCUGGUGUUUUACCACGUCUCGGGAAAGCCAUGGCCACCAUCAUUCGCACACGAAAAGCAAAUAACAUGAGCCCGAUAAACUUUGUUGCAUGUGAAAACCUUCAAAACGCAUCUGGGAAACUUCGUGAAACCGUCUACAAGGAGCUUUCCGAUGACGAAAAGAAGUAUGCUGACGAGAAUAUCGGUUUUGCCGUCUGCUCCGUUGACCGAAUCGUCCCACCCUUCGAGUCAGAUUCAGGAAGCAUCCUCGAUGUGGGAGUCGAACCUUUCUUCGAGUGGAACGUCGAGGCCAAGAGCCUCAAGAAAACUGAUCCGCAAUGUGAUAUCGAGGGAAUGAAGACCGUCGAUAACCUCGAAGCAUACGUCCAGCGGAAACUCUUUACACUAAACUGUGGUCACGCAACAACCGCCUUCCUCGGAGCACUCCCUCGCACCUCCCCGUGUUCAUCCCAAUCCAAACUCCGGACAUAUUCCACCUCCAGCAACGGUACCGGCACCGAACCAUCCACACCCGUCGUGCCCAGCCACCCAACCAUCCUCUCUGCCAUCUCCAAACCACCCAUCUACUCCAUUGUCACCCGUGCCUUACACGAAUCAGGUCAAGCCCUCAUCCGUAAACAUGGUUUCACCCAAGAAGAACAUGACAAAUACAUCAAAGCCAUCCUCGACCGAUUCCGAAACCCAAAUAUGCAUGACGAAGUAGCGAGAGUGGGACGAGAACCGUUGAGAAAGUUGAAACGGGGGGACCGCUUUUUGGGCCCUAUUGAGAUGUGUAGAGAGUUUGAGCUGGAGAGGGAUGCUUUGCUUGUGGGUGUCGCGAGCGCUCUUUUGUUUCAUCCUAGAAAGAGUACGAGGAGAAAGUCGAGUGCGGGGUCGGGAGCAGCAGCGAGUCUUCCGGGUUCUCGGAGGGGGAGUAACGUGGUUGCUGGUGGUAGUCCUAGGAAGGGGUCUUUCCCGGGACUCAAUGGUGGAGCGUUGACCCCGUUGGCGCAGCUCCGGUCCAGUUUACAAAAGGCUAAACUAGAACAGAACGAGGAGUCUGUGAUUGUGGAAGAUGAUUACUAUGAAUACGAGUAUGAGGACGAGCCUGCUGAUCCUCAGGCACAGGAGGUGAGCGAGAAGAUUGCCGAAAAGGGGUUGGUGCCUGUCAUUCUCGAGUUGACGGGAUGGCCUGAAGACGAUGUGGAUGUUGGAAAGAUCGUUUGGGCGUAUGAGACGUUGAAGGCUCAAGGGGUCGAGGCUGUUGACAAGGCCAUGAAGAAAGGACUGAAGAAUUAGAUUGAUUGGACUAUUUGUUACUUUUUAUGCAGAUGUCAAUUUCACUUCGUACAAAU